AUCCAUCACCACCAUAUUCAUUCAUCAACCACCCACCCCGAACCGUCGCCGCACCGCACGACACGCCAGCCCCUCCGACCUCUCUCUCUCCGCGAACCCGACUCCGCCAUUUGCUCGCCUUUCCGCAGCCUACUCCAGAACCCAUCCGGCGGCGCGGCUGCGCGCACGCUUCUUGUGCCUGAAGUAACACCCUCCCCCCCCCCCGCCGGGGCUCCGCGGCGCCGGUCCCAGACCACACGCAAUGGCGUCUUCGUCGCCGUCACAACCACGGCCGCCCUCGACGGCGUCCCCGUACCCCUUCGCCUCAGCCCCGGAUAUCGUCCGCGCCCAUCAAAAGGACGCCUACUUCACCGGGCACCUCGCCAACACCCUCACCGACCUCCACCGGCGCCUGCUCGGCGCGCGGUCCGCCCACGCCCUCGCCCCGGAGCUGCGCUCCCUCGCCGCCCUCCUCUACUUCGCGCUCACCACCCUCCCCGGCAACCGCACCCUGGGCGAGGAGUACUGCGACUUGGUCCAGGUUGAGUCGCCGACGGGCCGGCUCCCCGCGCUGCGCACCCGCGCCGCGUACAUCGCGGGCACCAUCGUCCUGCCCUACCUCGUCAGCCGCGCGCUGCCGGGUCUGCGCACGCGGCUGCGCAAACUCAUCGAGCGGCGGCUAAGCUCGCUGCAGCAAAAGGGCAAGGAGGACGGCAAAGAGGCUCGCGUGUGGGAAUACGUCGCGCGUCAUCUCUCGAGCAUCACGUCGGCCGCUCCCGUGCAGGCCGUCACCCUCGCCCUCUUCUACUUCAACGGCACCUACUACGAGCUCACUAAGCGCCUGCUCUCCCUCCGCUACGUCUUCACCCGCACCGUCCCCGAUACCCCCGACCGCGCCGGCUACGAGGUCCUCGGCGUCCUUCUCAUCGUCCAGCUCGCCGUGCAGACAUACCUGCACGUACGCUCCACCCUCUCAUCCGCCAGUGGCCCCGCCCGCGAGCGCGCCGCUUUCCAGUCCGGCACCGUCGACGUCUCCCUCGACCACACAAAUUCCUACUCGGCCAACAGCGACCUGCUCCUGACCGAGCUCGGCACCCGGGGCCCUCAGGCGAGCAGGGUCGACCUCGCCGCCACGACCCACACCCCGGUGGCGACCGCCCCGAGGUACAACCUGGCCGACGGCGACAAGGUCAUGGGGUAUAUCAAAGGCUCGCAGCAGCGCAAAUGCACACUCUGCCUAGAGGAGCUCAAAGACCCCUCCGCGACGCAGUGCGGCCACGUUUUCUGCUGGGAAUGCAUCGGUGAUUGGGUCAGGGAGAAGCCUGAGUGCCCGUUAUGUCGGCGAGAAGCCAUGGUGCAGCACAUCCUUCCGCUGCGCGUCAUGUAAUGAAUGCGUCAUGUAUGAUAUCAGGGCAGGCCGGGGCGGCUGUCCGCGUGGUGUAACCAACGCUGUGACGUAGGUGUCACUUUAGAAUUGCCAUUCCUCUCGAGGUGACGGGCAAGGCAAACUCUUGGCUUCAGUCUGUCAAGAACGUGGCCCAAUGGAUGGCGACGACUAGAAAAAUUUUCAUUCGAUGCAGAUGCUAUGCCUAUCCAUGGUAUCAUUGCUCCCCCCAAUCAUUACCGCCUUGCUCGCUCGCUCUGCUA